CUAGGGUUGGUGUCACCCGGUGCAGUAACACUUGGUGACACCCCCUCCGACGCUCCCUCCAGAAUGGAUCGGAUCUGCGGAUUGAGCAUAAUGGAUCGGACAUGGGAGACACAUCUUGCUGAUACACCACCGAUGGAUCCAUCCUGCAGGGUCGUCGGCUUGCUUAACAACUUACCUUUUUGUGGAGCGGGUCCGGUGUCACCUCAUGCGGUCGGUGUCACCUGGUGCGGACCGCACAUCCCACACCUGCCUCGAGACGCCACUGAG